AGGAGAGGGAGAGAAGGAGCACAAAAUUUUGUGCCUCAAAAGAAGUCUGAACUUUGAUCAUUUGCUAAAACUCAAUAACAAUUGAUGCCUAAAUUGAGAUUAUAAUUAUACAUUAUUCACCUCCCCAAGAAAGAAAAAAAGGGAUAAUAACAAAGAAGAAACAAGAAAAACUUGUACAAUAUAAUAAACUAUAAAGAAAGACACUUAAUAUACAACCAGAAGAAUAUUAUAAGACAAUUAUGAUGGUCAGCUUCCCUAAUUUAUAUACUUGCAAAUAUACAGAUAUGCUAGCCUAGCAGGUAAAUCUAUAUGUGAGCCAUUAUAAUGUGCAUAGACAAAUGAAUACACAAUAAAUUCAAUAAAAAUCAUUGCAACAACAUAACCAUUGCAUGAAACAUAGAAUAGGAUGUUCAAACUUCAAACAAACACAAUCUUUAAAGAUCAUAAUUAACUUACUUGGUAUAUAUACAUGUAAGGCAUAGUUACCAUCGACAUGAGGGUAGCUCCUAAGUCUAGUUGUCUGACCUAUCUGUAGAACUAGAAGCCAUUUACCAUCAAGACAAUGAAUAGUUGUCAGCAAAAGAAACACAACAUACUAGCAUAUAAAUAACAACAAAAUAUUCAUUUGGUUGCAAGAAAACUUCCAAUAUAAGAAAUAUGAGUUUAUGAAUUCAGAAAAAAAAUGUGUCAUCAACUAAGAGUUUGAGGUUGGUAAAUUUUGUGAUUCUUUUUAUUUCCUAAUGGAUCACCUAAACCUAUCCAAAAAAGAAAAUAUUUUCAUUCUCUAUUUUCCUUCUAGUAAUGAGUAAAUAAAAUCAACUUAAAAUCUAGAAUACCAAGAAUGCUUGGAGGAUCAAGGAGUGAGAUAGGAGGUGGUGGCAAGUGUAUAUGCUUUCUUGCCAAUCUUACAUUCAAUACCUUUGAAUUUACAGCUAAAAAUACACUUCUUUAAAGAGUGUGAAAGUCAAUUUUAGUAGUGGUGACUGGUGUAGUGUUGGCGCGGACAACGUUGUCAUCAUAGGGGAGGGUAGAGGAUCAGUGGAGGCGAAGGAGGUGGUGCACGGGUGUCUAGUGAGAGGUAUUUGUGUACAUUCACGCUUUUGGGAUGCAAGAAGCAAAAGCAUGGGUGCAAGAAGUAAAAGCCUAAUGUCUUUCAUCUGACACAAGCAUUACCUUACUAAAUAAAGUAUCAAAUUACAAUUUAAAUUAAAAUUAAGGGACCAUUCGAGUAAUUAACCGUCCGACUAAAUUAAACGAUCCACAUUUACGUGAACGAGUGAAUGUAGGUAAUCCAUUUCUAACAGCAGAACAGAGUCCCAAAGUUGCAGAGACGUUGAGGCAGACUUGGCCGAUCUACCCAAACUCUAAAACCCUUUCUCUCUUUUUUGUACAACCGACAGAGAGACCAUUCCUGCUAGAGACUGUUGUCCAAACUUUAAGAUCUUGGCAUGUUAUAAAGGGUAGACUGCAAAAUGGAGGCAUUGAAAGCAUCUUAUGGGGAUGGAUCUUCUGAUUCAGAUUCUGAAUCUGCCCAUUCAAUUCCAACUUCUGCUCCCUCAGCAGUAUUCACACCCUUGCCACCACCUCCUAUCUCACUCCUUGAUCCUCCAAGCAUUCUUGAUCUGCAGAUAGGUCAGACAACUAGACUUAGGAGCUUCCCUCAUGUCGAUGGUAACUAUGCCUUACAUGUAUAUAUACCAAUUUACAUUUCAUCUCCAUCAAAGAAAGAACUAGUUGCUUUCUUGAAAAAAAUCUCCUCUCGGGAACCACGUCUUAAUGUUGUUGAUGUUGAUGUCCCACUAAACAUCCUCUGCCAAAAUGAUGAGAAGCUCGAACAAGUUACCUUAGGAAGAGAAUUUCACAUAAGUUUGGGAAGAACUGUCCCAAUACGAGUACACCAGAUUGACUCAGUGGUCUCAAUGCUCAGACAGAAGCUUCAAAUUCAACACCAGUAUUGGAUCGACUUUAACAAGUGGGAGGUUUUUGUUAAUGAUGAUCACACACGCUCCUUUCUCUCAGCAGAAGUUGUUCAAGGAGGGUUAGUAGAGAUAACGAAGCAAAUUGAAGUAGUCAAUGCAAUUUACAGGCUUCAUAAUCUUCCUGAGUUUUACAAGGAUCCACGUCCUCACAUAUCCUUAGCAUGGGCCCUGGGUGACAUCGCGCACUCUCUAAAGAAAAUUGUCGACGAGGAAAUGAAGUGUGCUGUUGGUAAAUCUUUAAAGAAGUGUAUUUUUAGCUGUAAAUUCAAAAGUAUUGAAUGUAAGAUUGGCAAGAAAGCAUAUACAAUAUGCAAAAUUUCUGAUGGACAAUAAUUGUGCACUUUAAAGGAAGAGCAAGGGAUUUCCUGAAAUAUUUCAGGUUGCAUGGAAUUCUGCUUUUCUAAAAUGGUGGGUUUCUUGGUUCUUUAUCCCUUGUGAGUUGUAGACUAGACCCAUGCCUUAUGCGAGUUCAUCAAAGCUUUGUAGAGAUUACUUAAAUUGAUCGAAGGUGCAACAAUGUUAUUUGAAUUUAUUUCAGAUAUUACGUGUAAGUGUAAUUGGAAUUUCUACAAACCUAUUUCAAAGGAUUUCAAUGUGUAAUUUUGCUAGAUGCCAUGGGAAUCAUACAAAUUGACAUACACAAA